AAUGGCUAUAGAGAUGAUGAUGAUGAUGAUGACGCUGCAGAUGAUGUUGUAAAUGUGAGUGAGAGACUAAAAGCAGCAGCAGGAAACAGGAGGAGGAAGUGUCAGCUGAAAGCGGAAACAGUGAACGAGAAGGUGGCCAGCCAGGCGAGUAAUAACUGAGGCAAAGGAAACAUUAGACAAAAGGAAAGGCCACAACCGACAACAGACGAAGACAGUUCAAAGUCCUAAUAACACAAAAUGAAUCCCUAUAAUACGGGUGCUGGCGGUGGUGGUGGUGGUGCUGCCAAUCCCUUUGGCGCACCAGCCUCAAAUGCUGGUUAUGGACAGCAGGGAGGAGGCCCUGGCUAUGGCUAUGAGCAGUCAACAGCCCCAGGCUAUGAUCAGGGAGGUGGCUUCAACUACGAUCAGCAGCAACAGCAGCAGCAGUCAGCAGCGGGCUAUGGACCACCUGGCGCCCGUCCUCGUGUAGAUGUUGAGGCCAGUGGAGAAGUGGAUCCCAACUUGUAUCCCGAGGCUAAGGAAUCAACGCACAAAGUACGCGGUCAUUCGGACAUUUUGGAAAUGUUUUUCGGUGCCAGCACAGAGCGAGAGCUCAUUCCCGUCAAGAGUUUCUAUUUCUUUUUCUAUGCGGCCUUUGGUUCGCUAUUUCCUCUGAUGGGUGUCUACUUCAAGCAGAUGGGCAUGAAUCCGGGACAAUGCGGCAUCCUUGUGGGCAUGCGUCCGUUUGUUGAGUUCCUUUCGGCUCCAUUUUGGGGCUCUUAUGCGGAUCGUUGUCGUCAGGGCAAGAAAUUGUUGCUCGCCUCAUUGGCCUGCUGGGUACUCUUUACCAUUCCGUUGAGUUUUAUCCGUCCCGAGGCUAUCAAUUGCAUUGAACAACACAAUGCCACGAGCUACGUGCUAACCUAUACUCGGACAAAGCGUGAUCUCUCGGCCAUUAGUAGCUAUGAACUCGAUCAGGGAACAAUGCCGGCCGAGGAGGCUCUGGAGGAGGCUGAAGCGUCUCAUAGUCGUAGCAAGAGAUCGAUUCUUCUGCCAACUAUUGAUGCAGGAAUUUCCCCCGUGCACAUUAACUUUGUCAGCAAUUAUGAUAAUAAAUAUCAUCGGGAUUAUGUAACACCCAUCUUCAGUUCAAUGGUCUAUCGCACUCCGGACAUACAAAAAGCUUUCUUUCUGCUGCUGUUGGUUAUUCUAAUUGGUGAAUUCUUCAGUGCUCCGGCCAUUACUUUGGCGGACUCGGCGGUUAUUACCCUGCUUGGAGAGGAUGCCGAUAAAUAUGGACAUCAGCGAAUGUUUGGCUCCUUGGGUUGGGGCAUAUCCAUGUUUUUGGUGGGCAUUGCCUUGGAUCAUUCCACCUCGUUCUCGAAUCAUCCGUGUGGAGCCGGCAACAAGGAAAAGAACUACAACAUAUGCUUCUCCAUAUUCUCCGUGCUGAUGACUUGUGCCAUAAUUUCGGCCUCGAAAAUCACUUUCAAAUACGAUCCCAUCGAUGAGAAUCAGCAGCAGGCCUCGUCGCAGUUUGUGGAUCCCAACAAGAAGGCCGAGGAGGAGUCAAUGAAUCAAUUGGCCGCUCAACUCAAUUUACCAUCACUGGCUGUGGGUAGCGGCAGCGCCGCUUCAGGUGCCUGUGCGGGGGGUGUUAGUAGCUUCUUGGCCGCUGGCCAUCAGCCGCAGCCUCAUAUCGGAGCCGAGUCGAAAGUGUUUGCCCAGACGGCCAAGGAAUUGCCCGAAUGGAUGACGGUGUUGACUCAUUUCAAGGAUCUGAAAACGGCCUCAUUUCUGUUUGUGGCCUGGUUCAUGGGCUUUGGCAUUGGUCUGAUAUUCACCUUCCUGUUCUGGCAUUUGCAGGACUACGGCGGCACGCCCACUCUCUUCGGUGUGGCCUCUGUGAUCAAUCAUGUGUCCGAGAUAUUUGCCUACUUCUUUAGCUUCCGUCUGAUUACCCAAAUUGGUCAUGUCAAGGUCUUGUGUCUGGGUCUAAUUGGCAAUGUGUUGCGCUUCUUGUACAUUUCGUAUCUGACGAAUCCCUGGAUGGUAUUGCCCUUCGAAUUGAUGCAGGGCAUCACUCAUGCCGCCGUCUGGGCAGCCUCCUGUUCGUAUAUUGCCCACAACACGCCCAAGCAUUUGCGUGCCUCGGCUCAGGGUGUGCUCCAGGGCAUCCAUCAUGGUUUGGGACGCGGCUGUGGUGCCAUUAUUGGCGGUAUGUUUGUCACCUAUUACGGUACUACUGCUACCUUCCGUUGGUAUGGUAUUGUUUGUCUCUUUGUGCUCGGCUUCUUCAUCUUCGUCAACUUCUAUCGCAAGGAGCAAGGAUUUAUAUCGGAAAUACCAGUCACUGAGGAUCCACAUCAGGUGGCUGAGGAAACUUCCCACUUGGCACCCCAUGGUGUGCCCAGUAAUCCCAUACCACGAGCUCUAUCCAACUCUCGUCUCAAUGAAAUGAAUCCCAAUGGCGGACCAUAUGGUACCUACCAAACCACUGGCGGCAAUCUGGAUAUCCCUGGAGCCAAUGCGCACAAUCCGUUUGCGCAGUAAACUAUAUAUAAUCAUAUAGAUCAACACCAGGAUCAAUCAGAAUCAAUACUCGCAAUACCAAACAACAAAAUAUGAAAAUUCACUCACUCACACAUAAGGUAAAAGAAACACACACACACAAAUGAAAAAAAAAAGAACAGAGGAAACUAAGAAGGAUCGAAUCAAGGAUAAAAAACAAAUAACCGCAAACAUAUCUUGGACAUUGGCCUGCAAUAUUGAUUGCUUAAUGUGUGCAUUGCUUUAUUUUGAUUGGUUAAGCAAUAUACAAACAGUCACGAGUAGUGGAGAAUCUAGGAAUAUGAUAUGGGGCAAACUUGUUCCUAAAAGUAGGCAAUGGGCAGUCGAAGGAUUCAUUUGUUGAAUAUUACAAAGACAUUUUUGGUAUUUAGAAAAUGAUUCUAUUUAUAGACAAGUUUUUGAAGGUACAGUUGACCUCAAAAGUAGCUUCAGUUUCCAAAAACAUGAAUUGCUUGCCUACUUCAGGGGGCAAGCUACCCUUUUUCUACCUUUUGACCCAUACACCCUCUCACAAACACACACAUAUAUACAUAUAUAUAUAUAUACAU